UAGCAAUAGAUGUAGUAAUUUUUCAUACUCUUUCUUGUAGUGGAGGAACGGGCCGUUGUCACCGAACGCGCUGUCGCAAGCUGCAUCAACAGUAGCGAGACAGCGACUUGUGAAAUGGUCGUAUCUAACACUAUAUUAAUUCCCGACCCGCCUCGGUGGGUUUUGUUUGGCAAAAACUACGCUGCCUAUAGCGCGAAAAGUUUCGAUCGCAACUUGCUAGUCUGUAGCGUUACCAAAACAGUGCAAUGUGGCUCUACCGUUAAAGUGGCACACUUUUAGCCGAUUCUCUGAAUGUUGACGAGGGGACAAACAUACUAAUGUAUUUAGUUUUCAAUUUCACGUAAUAUAACGACAAGAGUUUUAAAUAUGAAGUGGCCUAGUUAUUUAGUUAUAUGCCAUGUGUGUGUGCUUAAGUGUUUUGCGAUGUCAUUGAACGAACUAGAGGAUUUUAGCAAUUUUCUUAGAGAAACAUCUCAGUUGGAUCAAAAUGUGAAAAGUAACUUACCAAAUGACGAGAUCGAUGAAGACGAACUCAUACAAGACAAUGCAUGGGAAACGAGUGGGAAAUUCGAAGGUGAUCUGAUUUUGAAUGAGAAGCAAAGAAGAAUGAUUCUCACUAAUGUAGCGGAGGGAUUAGCAAGAAAUGGGUUGACAGAUAGUACAAAACGCUGGCCGAACAAUGAGGUCAUUUAUUUUAUACAACCAGACCACUUUAAUAGUGCUCAAGUAGAAGCAAUACAAACAGGUAUGGCUGAUUUGGCCCGUGCCUCUUGUGUCAAAUUUAGACCCUAUGUAAAAGGCGAUAAAGAUGCAGUAGUUAUACAGGGUAGCAGACGUGGAUGUUUUUCACAAGUUGGUUACCAAGGAGGUUAUCAAGUUAUGAACCUCUUUCGUCGCCACCCAGUCGGCCGAGGUUGUUUUCGCCACGGAACUGUUGUACAUGAGCUAUUACAUACGCUUGGAUUCUACCACAUGCAGAGCAGUCCCGAUAGAGACGAUUACAUCGAUGUGUUGUGGGAGAACAUUAUUAAACCAUCCAGACACAAUUUCAGAAAGUACAAUUCGUUAGCGGUGUCGGAUUUUGGCGUCGGUUACGACUACGACAGUGUCCUGCAUUAUAGUCGCAAAGCUUUCUCUUCGAAUGGUCUAGACACUUUAAUACCUAAAAAGCUUGGUGCAGUAAUUGGGCAGAGGAUAGGUCUAUCUGAUAAAGACGAGCAAAAGCUUAACAUAAUGUAUUGCAAUGCAAAUCCAGAUCUAUUGAUUGAAGACAGUAGCGAUACUCCAAAGAAAAAAGUGACGAUAAAGCUGAUGACGGCUGCUGAAAGCAAGCCAUUUGAAGGGCAUGGCUUAGGAUACCAACAAGGUAACAUAGUGAUUAUAAGAUUGCCCAGGCCAGAAAAAAGACAAAUGCAAGAUUUACCUCAAUUUCCUAUAUUUGAUUAUUUUAGUAAAACGACGGAAGAACUGCCGCAGCAGGCGUUUGUUCAAGGAGUUGGAGUUAGAAAAGAAGUGAACCCAUACAGUUAUGAAUCUCGUGAUUCUUCAGAUGAGGAGGAGUAUGCAAAGUCUGCUACAGCAGCUAAUCCACAAGAACAAUAUGAAUUUAAAAAUCUACGAGCAAUAAAACCCGAUGACGAAGAAGAUGGUAGGAACGUAGAAGGAUAUGAUACACAAAAUGAUAACAUAACAGAAGAUUUAAUUCGUAUACUAUCGGACAUAGAAAACACUCAUGAUAAUCCACUUCGACUACCCGAAGAAGAUGAUAACAGCGAUCCGAGAAUGCGUUUAAUUAAGGAAUCAGAAGAAAAUAAAUUUAAUUCGUUUUUAGUUUCACCCUUAAUUAAUGAUAAUAUAAAAAAUAUCAAUAACUACGUUAUUAACGGACCGUCAUCGGCAGAUGUUAAUCAAAAAUUAGAACAUAAUAAACACAGGGAAUUUGACGGACGGGUCCCUUUUCUAAACCAACCUUUGGAAAUAUCUGAUUCAAAAAGUCUUACAGGUCAAAACUUACCAGAUAAUAGCAUUUGGUAUAGAAAAGAUAGUACAAAACCUAAACACGCUAAUGCUCUCGGUAAUUAUUAUCCAUUGGCUGAUCAAGAGCAAGUAAACUAUUCAUAUUUUAGCAAAGAAUUUCCGAAAUUCGGAAAAUGGUUCAAUAGUGACCAACUGAAACGUGAAUCUUACAGAGACCGAAACCCAUCUACAGUAGAAUACUAUAGAUGACAUUAUUGAAUAAGUACAUAAGACUAUUUCAUAGGACUAAAUAAUUAUAUUUAUAUAAAUUGUUAAUGUUAGGUAGUUAAAUGGUGAAGCAAUUUGUCUCUCAUUAUGUGAUUUUGGAUUCUAAGUUAGAAGAUAUCUAAUAAUAGCCCGGUCAAAAUAGACAUUCUAAGUUACAAUAAUUUUCAUUGAGCAAAAAAUUUGUACGAAUGUUUGGAACACUAUAAUUAAAGAAAUGCGGAAAGUCUCCAUCGAUCUGACAUUU